AUGUCGAGUAAUAUCACAAGUUUAUUUAAUCCACCAGCACAAAGGGAUCUAACAGAUGAAGAGACAAGAGAUUGUAUUCCAUGUCAAAUAAUGGCAACCGCAUUCUCAUUGGGAUUUGGUGGGUAUCUAGCCAGCGGUAAACCGUUCCAAUACGGUGAAGCUGAAAAGAAGAAAGGUGUAACCGUUGAACAGUUCGCAAAACUGAAUCCAAAAUGGUGGGUAUCUUCAGCAAGAUUAUUCGGUGGAGCCUUGAUUGCCUUCGGAAUAUAUAGAGGAACGGAAGGAUGGUUAUGGAAUAAAGAGAAAAAGUAUAAGGUUUGGUAA